AUGCAGUAUAGGCCAAAAUGGGUUCACAGACCUUGGAGAUACUGCGCCAAGGCGUGUGGGCCUCACUGACCGGCGGCUACUUCUACGAUCCGCAUCAGGGUGUCUUCUGCAAUGUGGUGCAUCUAUAUCUAUGGCUCUACCUGCUCUGUUCGCCCUUUGUCGCCUACCUGUACUUUCCAAGCACCUGGCUGACAUGGUGUUUGUAUUGUGUGCUCACCAGCAGCACCAUUUUAAUGGUGAAACUGAUCAAUUUGGCCCUGCAUCGUUUAUACGAUCGUGCACAGACCAUGUCCGAGGUGAAUCUGAAGAGUCAGUUCUUCAAGGUCACCAAGGAGACGGAACAGCGCAGCGAUCGUGAUCGUGAUCGCGAACGCGAACGUGACGAGGAGCAUGGCAUUGAAAUGAAAGUGAUGCGUGCCGCAAGCGCUGCCAGCGGCGUUGGAGGCGUUGGCGGUGUUGGCGGCGGCUCGCGACUAUCCGUGGAGCAGGCCAUCAAUGAGGCCAGCGAGGAGAACAGCAUCAUGUCCAUCGACAAUGUGAACAGCAUCAUUGAUCUCAAGGUUGAUGUGCAUCGCAAGAAUAGCUCCGAGUCCAUUGAGCUAAUGUUCUAUGCACCCUCGAUGCUGUCGACGGGCAGUCAACAGGAUCAGCAAUCCAUUGCCAGCAAAUCGAUACGCUCCAGCAUUGCGAACGCCACACAGAGCAGCAAUAUGUCGGCCAACGAGUUGUUCAGCAAAUAUCUGGCCGUCUAUCCCGAGGUGGUGCUGGAGGGGGGAACAUCGGGCAGCGGCAGCAGCAGCCACAAUAACAACGAUGCCAGCAGCGAUAGCCAGCGUUUGCAGGCAGUCAACACAACGACGACGUCGUCGACAACGACGAUGGCAGGAACGGGAGCAGGAGGAGCACGCACUGGGCACUUGUCGCGUAAGUGCAGCGAGGUGUUUAGUCGACGUCAUCGUCGUCGAUUGGAGCGCCAGAGCAGCCUGGAUACGGGCGCCUCGGAGCAGCCCACAUUUAGUGCUAAACUGAUGCGCAAUCAAUCGGACACGAUAGCGACAACAACGGCAGCGGCAUCCACAGCGGCGGCAACAACAGCGGCUGCUUCCAGUUUUCUGCACACGAAAGCAACGCAACAACAACGACCACAGACUGCUGGCAAUCCGCGUCAGCAUUUCAUAGCCGGCAGCAGCAGCAGCACCAACAAUAAUAACAACAACAACAAUAGCAGUAGCAGCAGCACAGCAACAACAGCUGGCGGUGGCGGCGGCGGUGGCGAUACGCGUUCAUUGCUGUUGCCCAGCAUGCGAUCCUCGCGUCUGCAGCGUCAUCGCAGCUCCGAGACACACGACGAGCGACUGAAGCAUCAAAGUCGCGCCGGACUGUUUCAAUCACUGCAGCAGCAGCAUCAGCAGCAGCAACAACAGCAGCAACAACAAUCGAAGCAACUGGCCGGGGAUGAUGUGGAGGACAUGGAGCUGGGUUUGGGACGCCAACAAGCGGGCAGCGAUGCCUGCAAUCGGGCGCUGCAAUCGUGGAUCCUGGACUCGUCGUCGGAUGUGUAUUUGGAGGAUGAUAGCUAUACCAAAUCGGAUCUGGGCAUUGAGCAGACACCGCAGCAAUCGUUGUCGUUUCGUGGCCAGCAGCAGCAGCAGCAGCAACAACAACAGCAGCAGCAGCAUCAUCAUCACCAUCAUCAUCACCACCAUCAGCAGCAGCAGCAGCAGCAACAGCAGCAUCUGCAUCAGUUGCAUCACAAUCAGCUGCUCAUACGCAAGGAUCCAAGCAGCACGAUGUCAGCGCUGCAGCUUUGGGCGCGACCCACAGAGUCCGGACAGUCGGGAGACGCAUUGGGCGGAGGCGGCACGGGGGGAGGUGGAAGCAAUCGCAGCAGCACGGCGGCCAUGAAGCGACGACGACAUUCCAAUGCCACCAGCUAUCACAAGCAACAGGGCAGCUCGAAGCAAGCGGGCGCCACCUCAGGUGGAGCAUCCUCAGGUGGCGGCUCGGGGGCAGCGGGCACGGGCGGCGUGCGUCGCAUCAAGAGCGCUGCGCUGGAGGUGCUGUGUCCGCAGGCCUCCGUCUCGAAUCUGUGUCCGCAUCCCAAUAGCGUGGAGGCAAUUAGCGGACAGCAGCAGCUGCGCAAUCCUCUGCCGCCGCCCAGCAAGAGUCUCGUGCGCAAUCCUCAUCUCAAUCUGUAUCCCCCGCCGCGUCUCGUCGACCAGAACUACAUGGAGCGUGGCGCCGGUGGCGGUGGAGGAGGAGGAGGAGGAGGAGUUGGGAGCAGCUGUAGCAGCGUCAUCUUUGGCAGCGCCAGCGCUUGUGGCUCCACCACCGCCCUAAUUGAGCCGCCCGUCUAUCCCAUUGUUGAAAACCUGGAUGAGAAGACGGGCGACGAGGCGACGUCAUCGUCGUCGCUGCGUCACCAGCAUUUGGAUCAUCAUCAGGAUCAUGACGAUGACGAUGAGCUCGACGAUGUGCCGGUGCGAAGGCGAACGCGUGCCCUGGGCUGCAGUCAGACGCAUCACAGCGCCGAGUCGGAUGUGGGCGGGAUACUGGCGGACGAUGACGAUGAUGUGUUCAAGGAUUUCGAUGACAAUCUGGAGCACAUACUCAACGAGCUGCAGCAGACGCACAGUCAGCUGGACGAUGUGCUCAAGACCUGCAAGCGGAAUACGCCACAGGAAGCCGGCGUGGCAGCGGCCGGAGGAGGAGGAGGAGCUGCCUCCGAUGACGAGGAGCUGGACAACAAUACGGGAUCGCGUUCGCCGCUGCUCAGCAAUCGGCAGCAGCAGCAAAGCGCCCGCGAAAUGGCUGCGGAGCAGGCGUUGCGUCAGGAGCUAGCGCAGCCAGGUCCAGCAGGCAAUGGAGGCGGAGGAGCAGCGGGAGCGGGCGUGGGAGGUGGUGCACCGCAUCGCAGCCAGCUGAUACGUAGUGAGGCGGACUCGGGUUGCCCCUCGAGCGAUUGUGAACAGGUGAGCGCCAGUUCGAAGGAUCAAUUGCUCGCGGGGAUGGAGCAGUUGCCGCCAGCAGCAGCAGCGAUCCAGCAUCAGCAGCAUCAACAACUGCAGCAUCAGCACGAACCGGACGAGGAGCAACCGUGCACCUCACGGAUGGCGGCACGCAGUUUGGGGGCCAUACCCAAGGUGGUGAAGUAUCGGGAACUGAUUGGCGACGUGGCCACCAGCAGCAGCAGCAGCAAUCACAUCGUCAAUCUGCAUCGCCCCUCGGCGAAUGCGUCGCGCAACUCCAGCUCCUCGAACUCCACGCAUAGCAUCAGCCUGACGGACACCUCCGAGAUACACAAGAUGCUCUGGGUGAUGAAUGGCGGUCCGGUGGACGAUCGCGGACGUCCCAUUGCGGGCUUACUGACGGAUGGGACGCCAGUGCUGGCCAAUCCCAACAUGGUGCCGCCGAACAUGUCCAGCGCACACCUGCAACUGUAUCAGGAUAUGCUCCAGACGAUGCAGGGCAACGCUUGCGGCGGCAGUGUGGAGCACAUGACGCUCGCCGGCAUGAAUCGCGACAAGUUGCGCCUAGAUGGCAAGUUGAUCUACGAACAGAUGGCAGCAGCAGCGGCAGCGAGCGGUAGCUCGGGUGGAGGUGGCACUGUGGCAACCGGUGGAGAGAGCAACUCGCAGCAAUUGGCGCUGAUGGGGAGUGCAUCGCGUAGCGGGAGCUCGGUGGCAACGGCUGCGUUGCAGGAGCUCUUCAAUAUGAUGCGCAGCGAACGUCAGGCGUCGCAGCAACAGCAGCAGUUGAGCGAGGCAAGUGGUGGAGGAGGCGGAGGAGGCGGUGACUCAAGUGUUGGGCUCUCGCAACACCAGCAACAGCAUCAGCAACAUCAACAUCAACAACAGCAACUGCAGCAGCAGCAACAACAGUUGCAGCAACUGCAACAGCAGCAGCAACAACAACAGCAACUGAGCAGCCAACCCAUGCUCAAUGUGGAUGGACAUUUCGCCCAAUACUGCGACUACUGGCGACCGCCGUGUCUGCUGGCUGCCGAGAAACCGGUGGCGCCCAAGAGCUUCUACAAGUAUCGCUUCAAGUGGUGCGGCCAGGAGCAUGAGUUCAAGAUCGCCAUGGAUCGGUUGGAGUUGUUGGCACUCUUCGAUCGCGAUCUUCAUUGGUUGCACGUGUUGCUGGCGAGCGUUCUGUGCACUUUGGUAGCCUGCUUGGGGGCUGCCAUACUCCAGCACAAUCACUACAAGGAUCUGUGUGUGCUGUUGUUCUGUGCGGUGAUUGCGGGCGCUCAGUAUUCGCUGGUGAAGAGCGUUCAGCCGGAUGCCGCAUCACCGGUGCAUGGAUUCAACAAAACCGUCGCGUAUUCGCGAGCCAUUUACUUUUGUUUAUGCGGCGGUUUGCUGCUGCUCCUCAAGCGUUUGGAUGCCGAAUACGGUGAAACACCGCCGGCCUUGCAGUCCUUCUUCGGGGUUCGCUAUUCGCCCGCGAGCGUCGUUGAGCUGCUGCUGCAAUCGCUGUACGUGCUGCUGCUCUGCUUUCCCAUCAUCUUCUCGGUGGGCUUGUGUCCGCAGAUCAACACGUUCCUCAUGUACCUGCUGGAGCAGCUCGAUAUGCAUCUGUUUGGCGGCAACGCAGCGAGCAGUUUGUUGGGCUCCUUUCUGUGUCUGCUGCGCUCUGUGCUGGCGAUCAUGCUGCUCUAUGGACCGCUUUAUGCGUCGCUUGACCAACAUCAUGGCACUCAAAACAUACUGUUCUCGAUCUUUUGUGCCAUGCUCAUACCGCUCGGCUAUCAUCUGUCGCGCUCCGCCAGCGAUUUCAGUCACCUGUGGCGUCUCAUCAAGACGUGCAUUGUGAGCACAUAUCGAGAGGAUGACGACGAGAACGUUAAUCCGCUGAACGUGCACAGCAACAUCAACAAUAACAACAAUAAUAACAACAACAGCAGCAGUCGGAAUAGCAAGGAGAAACAGCCGCUGAAUCGUCCCAAGCGUCAGGAGCUAUUACGUCCGCGACAGCAGCAAAACAACGGAGCUACGGAACUGAUCAGUUCGACGGCGAAUAGCAAUGAGCACAUCGAGCUCAGUUCGCUGGAGAAGCUGCAGCAACAGGUAGACGAGGAGCAGGCGCAACAGGACCAGGAUCAGGACGAUGGCGAUGGCGAUGCUGAUGGGGAUGGCGAUGCGGAUGCGGAUGCAGAGCAAGAGCUGCAACUGCAACUGCAGCUGGAGCAGAAGCACAGCAAAUCGAAGGCAUCGUCGCUGGGCAGCAGUCAAACGCUAGGCAAAACGAUCAGCAGCAGUAAACGUGCGAUUACCGCAUCCAGCUCCUAUGCAUCGAUUGGCGUUGAUCCGGCCGAUGAUGGGCAACCGGUGGAGCAGCUGGCCGAUGAUCAGGGGAUCAAGGCAACGCCCAGCCACAGCCAGGAGGUGCAUGUGUAUGAGGAGCCCAAGACUGAUGCGGCACAGGAUGACAAGAUAUCCAGUUCCUCCACCACCAAUCCGGGUGAUAUGUCCACGCUAACUGCCGGCGCUGGUACAGCGACCACAGAUGCUGUCAUCGAUGCGGAUGGCGAUGCUGAUGCCGUCGAUGGGGAUGCCACAGCGGUGCCACAGGACGGUGAUGCCGACACCGAGUUGGACAAUGAGUUGCCCGAUCCGUUGCCGCGUAAACUCCAGGCAACCGUGACGACACGGCUGAAAAACGAUCUCGUUGUUAUGACCCUGCUGGCGGUCAGUGUGCUUGUGCUGCAUUGCAGCACGGUGUUCACGGUCCUGCAGCCGGAUCUCAAUGUGGUGCUGUAUGUAUUCAUUGGCACGCUGGGUGUGCUCCUCCACUAUGCUGUGCCCCAGAUGCGCAAACAUAUGCCGUGGCUGUGCUUCGCCCGACCGCUGUUGCGACAGAAGGAGUUCGGACAGUUUGAGGUGUUGAAUGCACCGCAGAUCAUGUGGUUCGAGAAGUUCUACAUCUAUUUGAGUGUCCUGGAGCGUAAUGUGCUCUUUCCGCUGCUGGCCAUCUCAUCAUUGACCGCCGAUUCGCAGUUGAUUGCCAACAAAUUUGGGGUUCCCUGGGGCACGCUCAUCGUUGCCGUUUGCGCCAUAAAAUUUGUGCGCAACGCUUACUCGGAUCCCACAAACCAAUACCUGAUCAUCAUAUUCACCGUCCUGCUCUUUCGCAUUGACUUUGCCAUGGCCACCGAAAGCUUCAUCAUUGACUACUUUUUCGUUUCACUCGCCUUUCGCAAAUGCUGUGAUUUUCUGCUUAAGCUGCAGUUUAUAGUGACGUACAUAGCGCCAUGGCAGAUCACGUGGGGCUCAGCGUUCCAUGCUUUCGCACAGCCAUUCAGUGUGCCGCAUUCCGCCAUGUUGUUUUUGCAAGCGGGCAUCUCGGCGUUGUUAUCGACGCCAUUGAAUCCAUUUCUGGGCAGCGCCAUUUUUCUCACCUCGUAUGUGCGUCCCGUCAAGUUCUGGGAACGCGAUUACAACACACGGCGCAUCGAUCACUCCAAUACACGGCUCAGUUCGCAGCUGGAACGCGAUUUGGGCGCCGAUGACAACAAUUUAAAUAGCAUUUUCUAUGAGCACCUCACGCGCUCGCUGCAACAUUCGCUGUGCGGAGAUUUGCUCAUGGGCAGAUGGGGCAAUGUUAACCAGGGCGAUUGCUUCGUGCUCGCCUCGGAUGAUUUGAAUUGUCUGGUGCACAUAAUCGAGCUGGGCAACGGACUGUGCACGUUCCAGAUGCGUGGCCUCGAGUUCCGUGGCACCUAUUGCCAGCAGCGCGAGGUGGAAGCCAUCACCGAGGAUGUGGAGGACAACGAUGGCUGCUGUUGCUGUGAUCCCGGCCAUUUGCCGCGUCUGCUCAGUGCCAACGCCAUGUUCUCCACUCGAUGGCUCGCCUGGCAGGUGGUUGCCGCCCAGUAUGUCAUCGAAGGUUACUCCAUCUCCGAUAAUCUGGCCAGCGCAACGCUGCAGGUCUUCGAGUACCGCAAAGUGCUCAUCACCUACUACAUCAAGAGCAUCAUCUACUAUGUGGUGAAGAAUCCCAAGCUGGAACAGUGGCUGUCAUCGGGACCCAUUCAGGAGGCACUGCAGCAUACGCUGAGUCGUCAGUUUGUCGAUCUCGAUCCCAUAUUCAACUUCAAUCUGGAUGAAGAUUUCGAUUUUCGUGCCGUUGGCAUCACACGCUCCAGCUUCUGUUAUGUGUACCUCAAGUGGAUCAACUACUGUGUGGACAAGCGCAAGGAGUUGCAGCUGGGCAAGGAACCAGCAGCAGCAACUGCAGCGCCGCCACCAACGUCAUCCACUGCCACGCCCGCCACAGCGCCAGCAUCAACAGCAGCCGCAGCCGCUGCAACUGUGCAACCCUCAACAGCAGUCGGCGGAGGUGGAGGAGGAGGAGGAGGAGGAGCGGCGAUUGGUGUCAGCACAACGGCAACGACAACAGCGAAUACAACGCCCGCCCACAACGACUCGAAGAGCACACCGAAUCUCUCGUCGCAUGGCGGCGCCACAGCACCGCAGUCGAAAUCGCAAUCCCAGCAGCAGCUGGGACGGAGCGUGCGUCCCCAGAAGAGCGCCACAAUGAGUGGCAGCGGCAGCGGCAGCGGAUGCACAGCACCCGGUGUGGUGCAGGAGGGGAGCAGUGUGCUCGGUGGCGUCGAUCAGUUGAGCAGCUCGCAUAGUUUUGCCAACAUAUCGCGACAGACGUCGGAAAGUGCGCCCCGUCUGGGUGGCUAUGUGGGUGUCUAUAUGGAUCAGCUGACGAAGGCGACGACCUCGACGACGGGCAAAUCGCUGCGCAAGGAGGACUCGCCACGUACACAGCCAGCGACAGCGCCGACAGCAACAGGGAUUAGUCAUCAGGAUGGAAAUAUGACAACAAUACUGCCCAGCACGAUGCCCAUGAUGCAGGGCGUGGGAUUGGGAGUGGGAGUGGGAGCAACGAAUCAGCGACCGGCCUUGAAGCUAAAAGUGGCCAGUGUGUCCAAGGAUGCGCCACUGGUGUCGUUGUGCCUGGCCUUGGGUCUGUUGGCGCGCCGUUCGCUGGCCACCGCAUCGCACAGUUCGCUGACCGGCGUGGAGUUCUUUCUCCACGGUCUGCACGCGCUGUUCAAGGGCGACUUUCGGAUUACGUCGCCACGCGAUGAAUGGGUCUUUGCCGACAUGGAACUGCUGCAUGCGGUCGUUGCGCCCGCUGUGAAAAUGGCUCUCAAGCUGCAGCAGGAUCACAUCACAAACCCCGAUGAGUUCCUCGAUCCCCAUGCGUUGUACGAGGCCAUCGACAGCUGCUCCAAGGAGCUGGUCAUUUCCCACGAAGCGGAUCCCGUGUGGCGCAGCGCUGUGCUGCGCGGUGCACCCAAUUUGCUGGCACUGCGCCACGUCAUGGAGGAUGGCUCCGAUGAGUAUCGCAUCAUCCGGCUGACGAAGCGUUUCCUCAGCUUUCGCGUCAUCAAAUUGAAUCGCGAAUGCGUCCGGGGCUUGUGGGCCGGCCAACAGCAGGAGCUCAUCUAUUUGCGGAAUCGCAAUCCGGAGCGUGGCAGCAUCCAGAAUGCAAAGCAGGCGCUGCGCAACAUCAUCAACUCGAGCUGUGAUCAACCCAUUGGCUAUCCCAUCUACGUCUCGCCGCUGACCACAUCGUAUGCGGACACCAAUGGCCAGCUGUGUCAGGUGAUUGGCGGCGCCAUCACGCUGGACACGAUCAGGCAAACGGUGCUCGAUUGGUGGCAUCGCAUACGCGAACGUUGUCGCCAGGGCUGCAGCUCCGGCUCAGCCAUGGAGGCCUCCCUGCAGCUCCAGGGAGGCACCUGUAAUUUCGGCAGCGGCGGCAGCGUUGUGGGCACCGGUUCCACAGUGGCCACAACAGCUACACGUGGUGCCGCCAGCGCAGCGGGAGCACAGAGCAAUCUGAGUGCAGCUGGCGUGACGGGAGCUGCGGGCGCAGUCGGAGGAGGUGGAGGUGGAGGAGGAGGAGGUGCAGCAGGCGGUGGAGGCAGCGUCAGUGCACCGGGCACAGCGAGCAGCACGGGCGGCGAUUCGGGUGGCGAGUUGGCGCCGGUGUUCAUAUCGGCACCGCUCUACAACACGCUCACCGUCAACAGCUACUACGGCGUGCGAUCGGGCAAUGUGCCGGGCAUGAGUCACGGCAUGGCGGGCAGCCUCGGCGGCAGCUAUGUGAGCGACACGUUGGCCGUGGUGCGCGGCGGCUUGGCCGUGAUGCCAGUGAAGCCCACGUCGACAACGCUGAUUGCGGGACUGUUGAAUCGUGAACGGGAUCAGGAUCAAGUGGCUUCCGGUUCGAAUUUGCGUGCCAGCAGCAGUGGACCGCGUGCAGCUCGCAGUGCAGGAGCUGGCGGAGGAGCAGGAGCAGGUGGAGGAGGAGGCGGCGGCGGACAGUUGCAGGCGAGCGCCCGACGCGCUACUUUGCCCAUUGCCAGCGGCACCUCAGACGUCGUCGUCGCAUUGCCCAGCAGCAAGGAUGCAGUGCCCAUGCGCUCGGAACUGUUGGCUGAGCAUGAGCCCAGUCCGCGUGCCACGAAGCUCUCCUCGUCCUCCGGCAGUCUCGGCGUUGCCAUGGGCGUGGGCAACAUCAUCACCACGCCAGGGGAUUAUCCACGCAAGACCAAGGGACCCAUUUGCCUCAUGGCCAAUGAGGCAACCACGACGACGGGCAGUUCCUCCAGCGCAGCAACAGCAGCGGGACGGGACAGUGCGACGGCGGCGACGCCUCGAAAGCCUCGCAUUGAGAUCUACAGAAAGGUCAUCAUCGUGGACGACACAGGGAUCUACGAUUGUCUGGACAUCAUCGAUGCUGUGGUCUGGCCAACGGAUCACAUGCGUGCCAACGGCGGUCGCUUGAGCUGGAAGGAUUGGGAGCCGAGUGCCGGCAUGGUGGGUCAUGUGGUGCACGUCUGGGUGCCCAAUCACAAGGAUGUGCUCUUCCGUUCGCAUGUGAAUCGCUGCGUCUAUCUAAUUGAGAUCGGCGAGCAUUACGUGCCCGUCGAGGAGCUCGGAUUGCGUGAGUACAAUCAAAUCUUGGGCAGCAGCAGCGAGGAGAUGGCCGCCGGCUCGCGUCGCAGUUCGAUGCAACGCGACUUCCACGAGUACACCAGCAGCAUGCAGCAGAAGCUGGCGGGGAUUGCGGCCAGCGCCAGCAGCAGUGGCAGUGGCAGUGGCAGCAAAUCGCACAAGCACAAGAUUCGAGCUGUUAGCAGCAGUAGCAGCAGCGAUGACGAUGACGAAGGUGAAUCGAAUCCAAUCGUUUAUGACGACAUGCUCCGCUGCAGCGCGUUGGCAGUGACAUCGUCUGGCAGUGGAGCUGGAGUGGGAGCUGGAGCAGCAGGUGGCACAACAGCAGCAGCUAGAGCUGGUGUCUUGACAUUGCCGCCGGGUGUGAAUCCACCGCCGGGCAUUGAUCUGAUGAAUUUCAAUACGCUGCUGAACAUGUGGAAACUGAUUGCGGACAAGAAGAAGCAAGCGAUCAACAUUGACACAUCCGAGCCAUUUGCUGCCUUCGAUUAUACGGGUGAACUGCCGCCGGAGCUGAUGCGUCAGCUGGAGGAGAGUCGUUUGGCACAGCAGCAGCUGCUCGAGGAGCAGCAGGAGGAGGAGCUGCGCAAGCAUUUACAACAGCUCGAGGACGAUGCAAAUGCCCUGGAAGCCGAGCAAGCUGCAGCGGCGGCUACGACAACGACGACGCCGCCUUCGAUUGAGGAGUUGUCGCUGGAGCCGAGCGGCACACCGACGCCGAGCAGCACGCCGAUCACAACGACGCCCACACCGCCGCCAGAGCAGGCGGAGAAGCAGUUGGAGUUGGAGCAGUUGCCGGCAGAAGUGGAGCAGCAGCAGUUGGAAGCAGUAGCUAAGCUAGUGGAGAUGGAUGUAGAAGCAGAAAAAGUGGAAACAAAACAGGAGCCAGAGUUGGAAACGCUGCCAAAGGCGGAGGAGCAUGAAGAGCAAACGGAGGAGUUGCCAAAGGAGGAGAUAAAACAAGAAGAGGUCGAAGAAAAGCCGGAGCAAAAGGUAGACCAGGAGCAACUGCAGGAGAAGCAGCAAGAAGCGGAGAAUGAAGAGGAAAGCGCAGCGACUGGCACCACAGUUUAGACAGAGAAAGACAGACAAACAGAUCGAAUAAGAAUGAGAUAAAGAUAAAGAUACUGAUACUGAUACUGAUAGGACGACAGCGCUUGCUAUAUCAUUCGAGUGAACAAUUACCCAGCGUUAAGCCCCAACUAAAAAACUAAAACCCAAACCUAAACCUAAAACUAAAACUAAAACUAAAACUAAAUCUAGAACGAUAAUGAUAACGAUAACGAAUUCAACAAAAUACUUCCAAGUAACAUACGCAAGUAAAAGUAAUCAAAGUAGAGUUUUUAAAACGACUGUAAAAAGCAUUGGAUAAAUGUAAAUAAUACACAACAACAACAACAAGUACAUAUUAUACUAUUAGCUAUAGUUUUGUUAUACUAUAUAUUGUCGCCUGUACAUACAUAUAUAUAAAAAAAAACUGAUGAUGAAAUGGAAAGGAAAGGAAAGGAAAGAAAGCAGACGGCGGUUGGAUUAGCUUUUUCACUAAAUUUUAGUCGGUAAAAACAUUCGUAAACAAAUUAAUUAAUUCAUUAAUUAUGUAUAGGCCGAAUUCUUACACUAAUUCGAUUCUAAACACGACACACAGAAAAACAACAAAAAAUUAAAGCAAAAAUUACAUUUUUGUUAGUAUUAAAAAAACAACAACAAAAAAAAAAAACAUGGAAAUGAUAUAUAUAACUAUUAUAUAGCCCUCAUAUAUAUAUACAUAUAUAUAUCGAAAUGGAGCAGGACGCAAUGAAAGGAAAAACAACUCAAAACCAAAAUGCUUUUCACUAAUUUUACUCUAAUUAUUAUUACUAUUAUUAUUAUUAUAUAAUUAUUAUUAUUAUUAUGGUAAUACCCGGUCCUUGCCCAUGUCUUGUGUCUUCUUUAAACUAAUAUUAAUAUACAACUAUUGCUUUCCUAGCCAAUACACAACAUUAAAACAAAAACAAAAAAAAAAAAAAUCAAAUGAAAACUAACAAAGAAUUUAUAUAAAUUUAUUGAUUAAACAAAAAAACAAAGCGAAACACAAAACAUACCAAAAUUUUACUGUUAAUUAUUAAUGUAAAAGAAAAUAAAGCAUAACAAAACCUUAUCACUAAAUAAAUAAUAUAUACAAGUAUUUAAACUAUAUAAGAUGUAAGUUGGCAAAAACAAAAAAAAAAAACAGAAACAAAAACAAGAAAAACAAUUUGACAAUUGAGAAUGGAAACCAAUUAAUUAAUUAAGCAAAGUCAAAAAGUUGUUGUUGGUGAAUGAUAAAUAUAAAAAACAAACAAACAAACAAAAAAAACAACUACAAUAUAUUGAUCAAUUGACAUAUUGACGAACCGAUCUUGUUGAUGAUGAUAAAUGAUAAUGAAAAAAAAAAAUGUAAAGCUCUCACGUUGCCUUAAUACAUUAGACUGAUUUUUUCUACACACGCAUACACACACACACUCACACACACAUACACUAGUAGACAACACACACACACAAUACACUCACGAAUACAUACAUACACUUGUUUAUAUGCAUGUAUAUAAUAUAUAUAAAAAAUAUAUAUAUACUUUCAUAUAUAUAUAAAUAUAUAUCAGAUAUACAUGAUAUACUCAAAAUUCGACACACGUUAAAAACUAUUAAAUAAAAAAUAUGAAACAAAAAACAAAAAUGAAUUCAGAAUAUGUAUAAUAAUUAUGGUUGCGAGUAUUUACAUAGCUAAAGGAAUAUAUCAUUCAAAUGAAAAUACAAAAAAAAACAAAAACACUAAAUGAUUAAAUAAAUACCCUGUAAUAUAUGGACAAGGUGCAAUGUGCAUGCGCUAAAAACAAAAAAGAAUAUUACAAAUAAAAUAAAAACUAGAAAAAUGCCCAAAUAAUUUUUCCAAAUACACAAAUUAAGCAUAUUAUAAAAACAAAAAAAAAAACAUUUAUAAUUAUAAAACAACAACAAAAAAAUGAAGAAAAAAACGGAAAAAAAUGAAAGUCGAAAAAAAGAGAACAGCACACGAACAAAAAAGAAAAAAAAAAAUAAAAUAAAUGUUUGCCAGCAAUUAAAUGUACCCAUCCCUCCCCACUUUCAGUAAAUGUAUCUGAAACUAGCCAAUCUUCAAGAAAACUAAACUAAAAACGAAAAAAAAAACAGAAACUAAUAAAA